CUGUGAUUCAAAUGUCAAAGACGAAAAACAAAUGUUGAUAAGAUUCCUAGUUCACAUUUAUGACUUCACAAAUCUUUAUUCUUCUGUUUUAGCGCAAAUUUAACAGCACACUAGGUACCUAUAAUAUUUCUUGAAUUUAAAUAAUAAAGCAAAGUUUUUAUUACUAUUAACUGUGAGACUGAUUUUUUAUUUUUUGUUCAAUGCUCGCUAGGGUCGUUAAUUCGUUGCCAUUUGGGCUUUCUCAGCGAAUUACUAGACUUUACUUUCAGGCUUUAGUCUGGAAUCAACGCACAAGUCACAGUAAACCGGAAUUCCAUCAAUUUAAAAACAUGGACGUAAAAAUAUUACCGGCCUUAAAAGACAAUUACAUGUAUUUAAUUGUGGACAAAGCAACGAAAGAAGCGGCGGUAGUGGAUCCAGUGGAACCAAAUACUGUUUUGAAAGCAGUCCAGGAGCAGGGUGUCAACUUAACUAAAGUACUCACUACACACCACCAUUGGGACCAUGCUGGAGGGAAUGAGGACCUUGUGAAAAUGCUCCCAGGCUUAGAAGUAUAUGGGGGUGAUUCUCGCAUUGGCGCAUUGACCAACAAGGUUGCUCAUAACUCCAAAUUUAAUAUUGGAAAUUUGAAUGUGCUCUGUCUUUUCACUCCAUGCCAUACAUCUGGUCACAUUUGUUAUUUUGUCACUGCACCAGAGGAAGGUGGUGAACAGGCUGUUUUUACUGGUGACACCCUCUUCUUGGGUGGAUGUGGCAGAUUCUUUGAGGGCACCGCAGAACAAAUGCACAAAGCUCUGAUAGAUAUACUGGGCAAUCUACCUGAACAAACUAAAGUGUUUUGUGGCCAUGAGUAUUCCAUACAAAACCUCAAGUUUGCUGCGCAUGUUGAACCGGAAAAUGAAGAUAUAAAGAAUAAAAUCACAUGGUCUCUCCAAAAGAGACAAGAGGGAAAGCCUACUGUACCAUCAACAAUAUUAGAAGAAAAACUGUAUAAUCCCUUCAUGAGAGUGACCCAGGGACCAGUGAUGCAGCAUGUCAACAAAGCAGACCCAAUCGAAACAAUGAAAGCAAUCCGUCUGGAAAAAGACAACUUUAAAUGCUGAACACUGUUUCUCAUCGAUAAAUUAUUGAUUUCCAUUAUUUAUAGUUGUUAUUUGCAAAUUUUUAU